GACGUAAGGGGCGAGCGUGGCUCCGACGGCCGGGCUCACAGCGGCUUCUAACAUGUCGCUACAGAAGUGCCAGGAGGAGUGGGGCGAGCUGGAGAAAGAGUUUCAGCAGCUACAGGAAACACACAAGGUAUACAAACAGAAGCUGGAAGAACUGAGCAGCCUUCAGAACCUAUGCAGCAGUUAUAUUAAUAAGCAUAAGAGGCGUCUAACUGAGUUAAAAGGCAACCUUCAUGGAUAUAAACAUACCUCUAAUCUAGAAGAAAAGGAGCUCAUCCAGCAAAUAGACGGCACAAUUAAAGAAAGGCACAAUGCUUUUUUCGACAUGGAAGCCUAUUUGCCAAAGAAAAAUAGUUUGUACUUAAACCUGGUGCUUGGAAAUGUGAAUGUCACUCUCCUUAGUAAACAAACAAAAUUUGCCUACAAGGAUGAAUAUGAAAAAUUCAAGCUUUACUUGACUAUUAUAUUGUUACUGGGAGCUAUCACUUGUAGAUUUGUGCUUCAUUACAGGGUGACAGAUGAGGUGUUUAAUUUCCUACUAGUCUGGUACUUCUGCACACUGACCAUUAGGGAAAGUAUCCUCAUUAGCAACGGUUCAAGGAUAAAGGGAUGGUGGGUAUCCCAUCAUUAUGUCUCCACAUUUCUUUCAGGGGUGAUGUUAACAUGGCCAGAUGGACUCAUGUAUCAAAUGUUUCGAAAUCAGUUUCUGGCAUUUUCCAUAUUUCAAAGUUGUGUACAGUUUCUUCAAUAUUAUUAUCAGAGCGGCUGUUUAUACAGAUUACGUGCUUUAGGCGAGAGAAAUCAUUUACACCUCACUGUUGAGGGAUUCCAAUCAUGGAUGUGGAGAGGCCUCACUUUUCUUCUUCCUGUCCUCUUUUUUGGACAUUUUUGGCAGCUGUACAAUGCAAUGACUCUCUUUGGGCUGUCAAGACAUGAAGAAUGCAAAGAAUGGCAGGUGUUUGUGUUGGCUCUCACAUUUCUCCUGCUCUUCCUGGGGAACUUCCUGACGACUCUAAAAGUUGUUCACACAAAAUUUCAGAAGAAUAAGCUAAAGAAGCCUUGAGCCUCGUUUAAAACUGGGGGCAGAGUUAUACUGAAUGGAAUAAUUGCCCCACCCCAAUAUGGACUGCAGGGGGUACUGGAAAAGUGCAGGGGCCACACUUUGGAACCCUGAUUGGGCUAUUACAAUGGGAAUUGGUAUCAUGGAUUAGAAGAUGGAUGAAUAGACGCCGCCGUCCACUUUCCCUCUGGGAUUUUGUACUUGCCAUUUUUAAGCUGCUUUUAUUCACCCCCAAUGGAAAGGAAAUGUUCGGGCCUGUUCUACAGACCACUGGGUUCUUUGGCUGCUGAUGGAAUCAUUGACUCUAGCACUAAUCUCCAUUAAUCAUUUUUGCCCAUUUAGAAUCACAUUUAUAAUCACACAUACAAACAGUACGUUAUGGUUGGUACAAUGUUUACACGGGAGUACAGUAAUGGCAUAGGUUGAACUCACUCUUCGUACGUUUGGAAGGAAUGAAAAAUAAAUGUUUACUACUGUGAA